CAAAGAAGAACAAAACAGGUACAUUUCCUCAUUAGGAUAUUCAUAUUUUCAUCUCACUUUAAACAUCAUUUUUACUUUUCUUGAUUUCACCAAUUUGGCAACGUGGGUGAACACAUGAUCCAAAAUCCUUCUUCUUCAUAGCUCAAACCCCAACACUGGAUCGAUUUGAGAGAUACAAAAUGGGAUUUCAGUAACGCAAAUGCUUCAACUGAACCCUUCAUUAGAAGUUUAACUCCAAUGGGUUCUUCUCGUUUGUCCUUCUCUCUUUCCUUCAACUCUCCACCAUUUUCGACCAAUUGUAACAGUAAAAACAGGUUUAAAAGAGCUCGCUUUCCCAUUUCUUCAAUUUCAUAUCAGAAAUUUGUUCAAUUCGCUUUGGAUGAAACCAAACUUCACACCCAUCUCUUCCCCUCCCCUUUACAGGAAAAACAUAAUUCCAUGCUUUCGUUGGACCAGAAAGCCAAGCUUGAAAUGUUAUCUUUCCAUGCUCCUAAGAUCAGACUACUUCGUAGUUUGAAUAUCGAAAGUGAAACAGUUCAGGUUUUAGAUUUUGCUGCAUUCCCUGAACCAGAAUUUGAUAUUCCCAUUUUUUGCGCAAAUAUUUUCACUGCCGCAAAUUCAAGUAUAGUUGUACUGGAUCUCAACCCUUUGCAUGAUGUGAUCACCCAAAGAUAUUAUAGAGAAAAGUACUAUAAAAGCUUAUUACAUCUUGGAACUAAAUAUGCGGAGCUUUUACCCUGGGGCGGAAAGCUUACGAGUGAGUCAUUGAAAUUUUUCUCUCCCAUUGUGAUAUGGUCCAAGUUUUCAUCGACUGAGUCCAAGUACGAUAUAUUAUCUUCUGCAUUCAUGGAUUACUACAAGGCAUGGCUUGAGCUCAUGAAUAAUACUGUGGAGGAAACUAUCCCGUCCCAACGUAUGAUUAAUCGUGAAGCGCAACACAGAUACUUGUCGUGGAGGGCAGAAAAGGAUCCAGGACACCAUCUUCUAAGAAAACUAAUUGGAGAGACGCUUGCAAAGGAUGUGGUGCAAAAUUUUCUGUUCAAUGGCAUUGAUGAGCUCGGAAGCAAAAGUUUUUUGGAUUACUUUCCAGAGUAUCGCUGUGAAGAUGGUACAAUCAACACGAAACGCAGUAUGGCAGGAAAGUCUUACGAACAUCGACCUUGGGAUGAAAGAGGUGAAUUUAUUGGAGAUACUAUCAAAAGCUGAUGUUAGUUCUCUUCCUUACUAAUGUUUUUGGUUAAGUAAAUUAAUGUAGGUGUAACUUGUACAUUAGACUGAGCUCAGAUUUCGUUAAGUUAUUGUUUGCAAGCAAGUAGUUGGAUGCACUGCCAUUGAAGUGAUGAAUUUUUCAAUGAGCCACAACAAUUUUUUGUUUCUUCUCUAAGCUCAUCCAGUAUUCAGAUUC